AUGAAGUUUCUUAGAAAGUUACUUCCCCCAAAAAAAAUUGAAAAUGAUCCACUGGAUCCCUUAAUAGGAGAGUUGGACCAAAUAUUAAAGUUUACAAAAAAGAUUCAGAUUUCUGUUGAUAAGAGUUUGAGUGGUGCACAGUAUAUGAGUGCUUCCAGAGACAUAACCCUAAAAAGUAUUGAUGUAUUAUUCCCUUCUGAAGCGAUAGAACAUGGUAGUUUAGUUAAUAGUAUUGAUUGCUUAGGAGGCAUUCCUACAGCUCGAGAAAAUCUUGUUAGUGACUGUGAGCAGAUUAAAUCAAUGAUUCAAGAGGUAGUAUCUGGUGUAAACAAUAUCCAGAAAAGACUGAAUUUAAGAAGAGUAGCCUACUCAGAGAGAUUACAUUAUGAGAGAAAACUUCGAAAAAGACAGAAGAAAAUUUAUAAAAAUAAGAGUGCAACUCCUACUGACAAUGCAAAGUUAGAUCGUACUCAAAGGAAAUGUGGAGAUGCUUUGGAUGAAUUUACAAGAAUAGAUGAUGAUGUACAGCAAGAGCUUCAAUUAUUUCUUACUAAGAAGCAUGAUACAGCAAUAAAUAUACUCAAUAAAUAUACAUAUGCAUUGGGAAGUUACUAUUCAUAUAUUUUUACUCAUUAUGAACAUUCUACAGUAAAUGAGACCCCUACAAAUCAUAUAAUGGUACCCAAUGAUGAAAUACAAGACUCAAAUGUAUCUCCUUAUGCACUUCAAUUUCCAUCUCAACCCCAAUCUCAAUCUCAAUCUCAAUCUCAAUCUCAAUCUCAAUCUCAAUCUCAAUCUCAAUCUCAAUCUCAAUCUCAAUCUCAAUCUCAAUCUCAACCCCAAUCUCAAUCUCAAUCUCAACCCCAAUCUCAAUCUCAAUCUCAAUCUCAACCCCAAUCCCAAUCCCAAUCCCAAUCCCAAUGUACAAUACAAACAAAACCUGUAGUAGUUAGUGGAAGUUGUAAUACUCCUCUUUCAAAAAACAGUUCUGAGCUUCAAAUGAAUGUGAAUUUAAAAAGAUCUGAAUUUUCUAGUUUUGGAGGAGUAGAAUUUGCUAGUAGAAGACAGCAUAACAAAUCACAAAGUACAGAGAAUAUUGGAAAUUAUUAA